AUGCCGUGCGCGCAGAGGGAUGUUGCAUUAGAGGAUCCAAUCGACUUUAACUAUGCUCUUAGUCUAUUCGAGUGCGAUCCUAGAGAUGUCCCGUGUGAAGAAAUCCCGAAACAUGCAUCUGUAACUCCAGCCGUUCAAGACUUUGAUUUUGAUGUUUUGAAAGAAACAAUCUUUCCGCCCUCGGCUCCGGCUUAUUUUCGGUUUGAUCUCCCGGAAGAUUUGGUGGUUGAUUUUAAGAUUGUGGUUUUGAGGGUGAAGGCGGAGGAGUUGGCGAGGAAAAAGAAGAGAUUCUAUGUGUUGAAGGAAUUGCUUGCUCGGGAUGAAAAUUUGUCUCAUAUUUAA